AGCGUUCGGCCCGCCAGUGAGAGUUUGUCCGCAACGCUGUAAGGAUCGUCGGGUAGAUUUGGUGUGAAAACGGCAAAAAAGCAAAAAAAAACCCGGACCCCAGUACAGUGCGCGCGUGUACGGCGUAUACAGUGCGACCGGGUUAGGCGGCUCAGCGCUGCUGUGUGUGCGUUCGGAGCACGUUCGGUGUGCGUGCGCCCGUGUGCGGUUGUUUUGAGCGGGGGAGCAAAGGACAAUCGACGUCCAAUCGGUUCGCGUGAUUGCGUUUGUUGUGUGAGCGUUUGACAGAGGUGCACAGAGCAAUGUACCUCUACAGUGGUGUCCUUGCAUAAGGAAGCAAAUCCCUCAUGGCAAAGCGCUAAGAGUAGCCGGGAUCGUGCUUCAAUCCCAUAUAUCUAUAUAUACACACGCACAGUGUUGCACCGUGCAGGUGAGGUGUGUGUGUGUGUGCGUGUGUGCGUAGAUGGAUGAGAGUGUGUGAGCCUGUGCUUGGAAGCUGCAAGGGAAGCGAAGAAGCAAUUAGUGCCAGUGUCUGUGUCCGUGUGUGUGUAAAGGGGUGGAUAGAAAAGGGGCGGAAGAGAUAGUAAUUAUGUGCAUUAAGCUGUGCCGCCGUUCGGUGGCGGGUGGCAUUGGCAGGGAAGCGUGGACGGGGCGACGGGGUGUACGUCCGCUGGCAGCGCUGCUGGCCGUGCUGUACGUCGUUCUGGCCCAACUGUCCGCCGGCAGCGUGGUGGAGGGAACGAGCAGCGGAAAGGAUGGCGAAUAUGAAAACACGCCGCUGCAUCUUUCCGAAGCAGUCCAGGGUACGGUGGGCCAGCUGGAGUGCAACAUCACGUCGCCAAUUAGCGGUGACCGGGCGAUACUGGUGAUCUGGUACAAGGGCGCCCAGACGAUCCCGUUCUACACAUUUGAUGCCCGUGACGUACGGGAAGGAUCGCACCGCAGCUCCAACUCAUCGUUCGACGGGCGGACCAACUUCUACCCGAACCGAACGCCGGCCAUGCUGGAGAUCCUGCAGACGAAACCGACCGACAGCGGGAUCUACCGGUGCCGGGUGGACUUUCACAAAAGUCCCACGCGUAAUACGCGCGUCCAGCUGACUGUCAUAGUGCCUCCGGAAAAGCUGCUGAUAGUGGACGAGAAAGGAUCACACAUACGCCACUACAUACUGGGACCGUACAACGAGGGCGCAACGAUCAACAUUACCUGCAUCUCGACGGGUGGUCGUCCCCUACCAAAAGUACAGUGGUGGUAUGAGAACAAGGUGAUCAACAAUACCUCCGUCGUGCUGUCGGACAAGCGAGUGAAAAACACGCUCGUACUGCAUCGGCUUGAGCGGAAGCAUCUGAAAUCUGUCUUCACCUGUCAGGCGGCAAACAACAACGUAACGAAUCCCAUCUCAGCUUCGAUAACGCUCGAUAUGAAUUUGCGACCGCUGUCGGUACGGUUACAGGGUAAAAACCGACCCCUGUCGGCUAACCACACGUAUGAUCUGCAGUGCGAAGUGCUCGGUUCGCGCCCAGCUCCAACCAUUACCUGGUGGAAGGGAAGCACACAGAUGCGUGGUCACCAUGAAACGACCGAUCCGGACGGUAACGUCACCGUGUCGAUACUGAGCUUCCGGCCCACCAUCGACGAUAAGGGCAAAUAUUUGUCGUGCCGGGCGGAGAUGGCCGUCAUCCCGGAUGCCGGCAAGGAGGAUGGCUGGAAGCUUGACAUCUACCACGUUCCCGUGGUGACGCUCGAGUACGGUACGAACUACAACUACACCUCCUCCAUCCCGGAAGGGGUCGACGUGUACUUCGAGUGCAACAUCAAAUCCAACCCAUGGGUGUACAAAGUGAUCUGGCGUCAUUACGGCAAGGAGCUGGUCAACAAUCCUUCCGAAGGCGUUACCGUAUCGAACCAGAGCCUGGUGCUGCAGAAUGUGAGCCGCAACCGGGCCGGACAGUACACAUGCGUCGGCAGCAACCGGGAGGGCGACGGGGAGAGCAACCCCGUCCAUCUGGACAUAAAGUUUGCUCCCGUUUGUCGGCCUGGGUUGGUGACGACGUACAACGUGGGCCGGAAUGAGCUGGCGAAGAUCGUGUGCGAGCUGGAGGCGAACCCGAGCAACGUUACCUUCACCUGGAAGUACAACACCUCCGUCUCGGAGAGUCUCGACAUUCCCGCCUCGGAGGUGCUGAGCGAUCGGACCAAGAGUGUGGCACACUUUAAGCCGGUGACGGAAAAGGACUACGGAACGCUGCUGUGCUGGGGACGGAACGAAAUUGGCGCCCAAACGGAACCCUGUUUGUUCAAUCUCAUACCGGCAGGAAAACCGGACCCACUGUCGAACUGCACGAUACUGAAUCAGACGUUUGACAUGCUGCAGAUUGAGUGCCUGGAGGGCUACGACGGUGGGCUGCCGCAGGUCUUCCAGAUCGAGCUGUACGUGAUCGGAAGCCGGCAGCAAAUGACUUCGAUUAAAUCAACCUCGCCUGCGUUCGAUCUGAAAGGCCUCGAGCCGGGCGUAGGGUACAACAUCAUACUCACUGCCAAAAAUUCGAAAGGUUCGAGCGAUCCCACCUAUCUGCAGGCGUUCACGUUAAAGAAUCCCGAAAAGCAAACCGAUUUGUCGCUCGUCUACCCGCCGGCACUGCUGCAGAUCAAACCGUUCAUCGGCACGCUGCUCGGGGUGGUCGCCGCCAUCAUCUCGAUCGCCUCGAUCAUCGUGUGCGUGACGCGUCUCCGCGGGUCGGCUGGCCGGGAUCGGGACUGCGGUAGCAACAUGUCAACGAACGACGCGUCCGGCAUUAGCCAAUCGAUCCCGGAUGCUGAUCUGGCCCGGGAACAGUGCAACGGUAGCAUUGACAGCAUCGAGAAGAACCCGGACAUCAUUCCCCAAGCAAAACUACUGCACCUGCUGAAAGAAGACGAGAAAGCGUUCGAGUGGCUCAACAAUGCGGCCCACCCACGGCUCUACGCUACGGCCGCAAUGGCGGAACAGCAGAGCGGUGGAUUGCUGCCACCGAGUGCAGCCGCAGCUACCUACGAUACGCGUGCGUACUACGCCCUUGCCAGGGACGCCCAGCAGCAGCAGCAGCAGCAGCAACAGCAGCAGCAGCAACAGAGCUGCAUGCAACAGAACGUCUACCCGGUGGCAUCGUCCGAUGGUCAGAGCUAUAUCCCGAUGCACGGUACCAUCAUUUCGACGCCCAUCGUCGGUGGAUAUGGAAGCGAUGGUCACAAGCACGAUUUGACCUAUGCCGAUCUUUCGAUAAGUGGCGGUGGUGGUGGUGCUGGAGGAAUGCCAAAGCUCAAUCCCGGCCAGCCGCAGAUGUACGUCAGUGCUACCCUCGGCCGUCCACGGCAGUCCGACAUCAAGCGGUCCGAGCCAACGAUCUACGCCCAGAUCGAUUUGGCGCACCAUCCCGGCGUACACUCGACCAACCUGGUCUACACGAAUGCACCCCGCCACUCGAUACCGAUCUCCCAUGCUACCGGGCUUCCGGUCAGUGGGGCGCACCUGCUGCAGCAGCAGCAGCAGCACACGGUGCCGGUGCAGUCACCACUUCAAAGGGCGCCCGAUUCCGGCCAACCGUCACUGACGGAGCGCUACCCACCACCGCCCCUGUUCGGGGGUUCGCUUCCGGUGAGCGGCCAGCAGCACUGUACCAACGAACCGCCCAGCUUACUUCAAACGGUUCCUGAGCUGCCACACAGCGCGAUCGGCGGUGCGUCCAAUGGUGGCAACCAUCCGGCACAGGAUCUACCCACCGGUGGGCUGCCCACGAUCGGCGAGGGUCGAUUGCUCAACCAUGCGACCCGUUUCUGAUAGGAAGUGAAGCAGCUCCACCAAACGACUGCCCUCUAGAGUGGUAAAUCGAUGUCCGUGCCCGCACACAAACACUUAUGGAUUCGUCUUCUCUUCGGUUGCCGGGAGCUGCAAACUGCCAUCCUCGCUUAGGUCCCCGGAGUGGGAUACAUGUUUCCAAUCCUUCCAAUGUUUUGCUACACUUUUCUACUAUCUAGUGAGAGAACUCGCAAGAGGCAGUUUAUUUUACAGGAUUAAUUUUGUUUUAUUGUUUAAAGCAGUCAUCUAAGCCUAAAACAAUUCCAUCCUAUUACAAGCCGGACAGAGGCAGAGCUGAAAAAACGAACGGAGGAAGAGUUUCCCUUUAGCAUGAGCGGUAAAAGAAAAAUUGACCCACACUGAUGCAACUACAACUGAUGCUCUGUACAUAUGAAACGUAUUCCAUGAAGGAUUUCUGUUUUGACUAACCUAAGCCACACCUCUCUUUCUAUGCUGUAAAAAAGGUGAAAAAAGUAUAACAAAGCAUUUAGCAGUGUUUCGCCAACACCAAACGCCAACAGGGUGGAAACAAACAAAUUCAACGGUGUAACAAAUGGUGUAACGUAACGUGUAGUUUAAAUAUCGCAGACUAAUGUAUCUGUUACAAGUUUCUGUUUGUCUAUAAUCAUCAAUUCUAAAAGCCAAACGGUAAUCCCUUAAAACUUAAACUAAAAUUGAUAUUAACAACAACAGCCAGAAAUGGGCAAACGAAAUGGGACAAAACACUUUAAAACACACACACACUCAAUACUAAACGUAACCAUAACCUUAACACACACACCACUAUACGGUAAACUAAAUACAAAUCAUCUUCUUCUAACUAAACCAGAAUAAAGCGAUGCAGGUUCGUGUAGUAAGGGGUGAAGCGAGCGAACGGUUGCUCAAUGGUCAACCACAAGUUACUGGUACGAUGGAAGUACUAUGAGACAGACAGGCAAAUACAAGCAUAAGAAAGUAUGUGAGUGAGCUAAUGUAGUUAACGAUACAGAAAAAUCAAAUUAGCUAAAACAUUGAAACAAUGGGAUCGCGUGUCGGUGUGUGUGAGUGGGUGUGUGUGUGUCUGUUUGAAUGCCGAUUAAAGUAAAACGCGAUGAAGCCCGGCAUGGAUGGAAAUUAGUUUUUUUAGUAAAAUUGAAAAUGUCACUACAAAAACAAAAACAACGCAUUCACCAACAAACACAAACAAAAGUACUUUCAAACGCUGGUACAACGGAGUGUCAUGAGAUCGGUGUACAAUAUUGUAAUUACAGACAUUUAAUGCUAUGUUAUAGGCCAUUAUCUCUUAUGCAGCAGAUUGUGCAAUGAUUUGCUGGGAAGGACGUAAAACCAAAAAGUAUUACAAUAAAGCUCGAAGCUCGAAACGAACGAAAAUAAGGGUUUGGGAGUGAGAGAACGAUAGAUAGAGAAAGAGACAAAAGGGACGGAGGAAUGGCUGCAAGCGUAAAGCUGGUCGUACGAUUUUAGCUAAUUUUAGCACGAAUGAUUGAAACACUUACUGAGAAUGAGUUGUUCCGCCCGGUAUGCAUGGAUGAGCAUAAGUUUUUUGCCUAGAAUGAUGUAGUUUAGCAUGAAUUUGGAUUGUUCGAAGAGCGAGCCGUAUGGUUGACCUUGUAUUGUAUAGUAGAAGCCACACUGUCACAGUGCGUGGGGUUUCAUGAAGUGGUUCUGUUUGUACAUUAGAUUUGAUUCAUACCUAACUAACAUACUUAAAAUGCAAGAAACUCCGAAUGAAAACAAACGAUGCCAGUUUCUAACAAGCUAAG